AUGGAGCAGCUCCCGUUGGUAACUACACUCACAAAAAGGGACCUAACGACGAAGCUCGUGCAGUUUUACGAACGCGCUAGCGACAGCCAUCAGGCUUCAUGGAAGAGCUUUUCGUGCUUCAAAUGCUUUUGGGAAUUCGGCAGCGAGGCCGAGUUGGCAGCCCAUAUGAAAACUACGCAUCCGAAAAACAAAAAGAAAGUGGUUCCGGCGAUGAACUUGCUGUUGGCCGCGCCGUAUUGGGAGGAAUAUUUGGAGCGGGGCUUCUACAAGGGCUUUGUCGACCGCAUUUACCCGUUGGACGAGAAUGGCAAAGGCACCUACUUCUCUUACACCUCGUCGCUGGCAACGCCUAAGAUGACAAGGCGCUGGAAGCAUAUUCUGAGCCGCCAGCCCCAACCUGAUUAUGACAUUGCACUCAAGACGUUUUUCAUGUUAUUCCUGGACAAUGAGCAGAAUAAAUGGAGUUGCCUAUUUUGUCCGCACACAACGCCCGUCUUCCGCGCUCCGUCGCUGCCGGUGAUGUGCGCGCGGGUGUUGAUGCACCUCGAGAAGCACCUUCGGCAAAUCCUGAACUCGCAGACCGAAUACCCGUUCGACGAGCUCCGUCGGCGCCGACGAAGCGCCAGGCUCGGGGAGAAUGGACGCACUUACCCGCCUACCACGUCGCACUGGACCGUGAGCACUGCCACGCCC